AUGCCGCCCUGCUCUCGAGCUCGCUGUCGCCAUUGCGGCAUGAACGUCGGAAUAUUUGGGUUGAAGGGCUUCGGCUGGAGCCUCCGGCAACACGAAGCCAGCUGUGCUGCAACUUCAGCCCCAACCACGGUCGAGACAACCACCGUGGAGACAGGAAGCAGCGGAGACUUUGGCAUCGCGCGUGGACGUUGCAGUCGACGUCUCAUCUCUUGGCGAAGAAAGCUCAAUCAUUUUGGUCACUUUCCGAAGGAUGAGCUGAAGAAGUUAUGCGAAGCCGACAUCGAGACGGCCAACAAGGUCAUGCACCUCGGCCUGUUCACAUGGAGGCCAGGGUCGAGUGACGCGGGCCCGCUAUGUUUGGCGCUGGGGAUAGGUCCCGGCGAUCCUGGUGAAAUAAUCCUCAAAGCACGGCCGGGCAGGCUGCUACGACGGGCGCCCUGCCUCCUUCCCAAGGAGCUCCCACCGGAGGAGCACAUGGAUACACAUUCCAUGGUCAACUUUAAUGAGGACUUUCGCGACAUCGCGGUGCGGCGACACACAGCUACAGCAGCUAACGCAAGGCCUGGCGGCCAAUUUGAUGGCAGGCCAUGGUGGCGGUUAAGCUGA